CUUUUCUGCAACAUUUCAAGUCCUCAUCGCAGGUACAGGGCAUUGUACGAUUGUCUUGUUAAUUCACCAGAAAGAAAUGUGCCCAUUCGUGUAGCGCGAAGGCAGAUCGUGCCGGCUACAUUCUUUCUUGAUGAAUGAAAGUUUUGUGGUGUCUAGGAGAAGAUCAAUGUCACCCAAUUGUCACGUUUCCUAAAAACCAAAGUGGGCGGAUUACAGUGCGUCUCUGCCCAAUGGCAGCCCCGACUCUCAUGGGAGUAGAACUGAAUUUUCUGCCAUCCAAAUCCCUUAAACCGAAGCUCAUUCCAGAAAGAGAACCACACUCUGUUACAGCUUCAACCACUGAGACAUGACAGACGGAAUCCCGGAGCCAGCUGCACGCGCAUUGCAGCGCAAGCGGAGAACAGUGUAGAGCCGACGUCGCGCGAUCAGCACCGCGGACAAUUCACGUCCAACUGGGGACAGUUGUUCUGCUUUUUAAACACAACCAGUGGGACUGACUGAAGGACUCAUUCCUUACUUCCUCACUCAGAAACAGGAGCUGUUGUGCUAUAUGCCAUCAUGAUCAUCUUCUCCUCCCGAAGUGUUCUACUUUCAGUGUAUUAUCCACAGAUAUUUCUCAUCCUAACCAGCGGCAGUUACCUAGCCCUCUCUUCAGUGGUGGCUUUAGGAGCAAAUAUAAUCUGCAAUAAGAUCCCAGGGUUGGCUCCUCGACAACGGGCAAUCUGCCAAAGCCGCCCUGAUGCCAUAAUAGUGAUUGGAGAAGGCGCUCAGCUAGGUAUCAAUGAAUGCCAAUAUCAGUUCCGCUAUGGAAGAUGGAAUUGCUCUGCACUAGGAGAAAAAACUGUAUUUGGACAAGAACUUCGAGUAGGUAGCAGGGAGGCUGCAUUCACAUACGCUAUUACAGCUGCUGGCGUAGCACAUGCAGUAACAGCGGCAUGUAGCCAGGGCAAUCUAAGCAACUGCGGCUGUGACCGGGAGAAGCAGGGCUACUACAAUCAGGAGGAGGGCUGGAAGUGGGGAGGCUGCUCUGCAGAUAUCAAGUAUGGCAUUGAGUUUUCAAGGAGGUUUGUGGAUGCCCGGGAGAUCAAAAAAAAUGCCAGGAGGCUGAUGAACCUUCAUAAUAAUGAAGCAGGAAGAAAGGUUCUUGAAGAGAGGAUGAAACUAGAAUGCAAAUGCCAUGGUGUGUCGGGUUCUUGUACAACUAAGACUUGUUGGACAACUCUACCAAAGUUCAGGGAAAUUGGAUAUAUCUUAAAAGAAAAAUACAACGACGCCGUACAUGUGGAGGUAGUGAGGGCUAGUCGCCUUCGGCAGCCAACGUUUCUUAAAGUUAAGAAGACACGCAGUUACCUCAAACCAAUGGAGACCGAUCUUGUGUACAUUGAAAGGUCCCCAAAUUACUGUGAGGAGGAUGCAACAACAGGAAGUGUGGGCACCCAAGGAAGACUUUGCAACCGCACCUCACCGCACACAGAUGGAUGUGACUUGAUGUGCUGUGGUCGGGGCUACAACACUCACCAAUACACCAAAGUAUGGCAGUGCAACUGUAAAUUUCAGUGGUGCUGUUUUGUUAAAUGCAACACCUGCAGUGAACGGACAGAAGUAUUCACCUGCAAAUGAGGCACAAGAAAGAAGGUUGAGGGGAGCUGGUUUGGAAAGCGAGAUGGCAUUAUUUCAGAAACACAGAAUAAACAAUAAGUGGAACACAGCUCGCCAUGGCAUCAUUUUGCACAUUAUUUUUAUUUUCUUCUCUUUGCAGAAUGCAUCAAAGCAAAUUUAUUAAAUGAUAAAAAGAUAGACAAGCAAGGUCAAGGCAACGAUGCCCAAGAGAUAACAUGUUUAUCAUGCACUGCUAUGUAUGCACUGAUGAAGAUGCAAAGCUGGGAUAUUAAUGGCUGCCCUCACAUCUUUUUUUUUCCUCUUUAGAGGCAUGGGCAGUUGGGAAGACUGUGGUUUAUUGCCUACAAUAGAAUUCCCAGAUUUCUUCACAAACAAUAAACUUCUUAUUCUCUGGAAGGUAACACGCUGUAUUGAAAAACAACUCUGUUAACUAUAAUGGUUCAUUAAUAGUCUAAUGACUUUGGAAAAAAUCUAACAAAAUUUCAGAAUUAUGUCCAAAAUGUAAUGGAUAAACUGGGAAAAAUAUUGAGCUUUGCUGAAAUGAAGAAAGCUAUAUUAGCUUAGUGCUUUUAAAUACAUUGAGGCAAAUGUUCACUCCAGUAGAAACGAGCCUUAAAACAUUGCCUACCUAUCCAAGGAAGAAAAGACAUUGUUAAUUGUCCAGGCACACUGGAACUGUUUGUUUGAACACUGAAAAUAAAUUGUCUAUUUAUGUUAUAGUUUCUUAAAACAAAGCACUAACGGGUAGAGAUGUCUUAUUUGUAUUACGUGUUUUAGAAACUCUUAACUUAUAGGUCCAAUCUUGGGAAGCUACCCACUUAUUCUGUUGCUACUGAUUUCUUUACAUUAAAAAAGACACAAAUAAAAUAAAAGCGGAUACAUAUGCAAGCAAGAAAUGUACUGAACGGAAAUCAAUGAAGUUGCUCUCUGCUAUUCAGUGAAGAACAGUCCUUCAAGUGCAACAAAAAAGGGCGAGAUUCAUGUGGUUGGGAAAAAAACACAGAGUAUAGUCUCAAAUUUCCACUACAGAGGGGUCUGUAGGAUAGGAAGCAAAAAGGUCAGCAGGGUUUUAGUUUUGUUAACUUUGCCAAGUAAUAUUGAAUACUGAGAGCCCCAAAAAGCAUGCAAAUGAAAUGGGUGUCCAAACAGCACACCUUUUCAUGAAAUAAAAAAUGAGCGUAUUUCCCAAAACUGUGUCCAAAGCAGUCUGCAAAUGCCAUC